ACCUGGGCCCCGCUGCGUCAACUCGCAUCUUACUGCCUCAAACGAAAGUAAUACCACAUUUCUGCUCAACCUACACUUGCCAUUCUCUCAUUCUCUCGCCAAACUGAGUCAAGCACGAUCUAAAGCAGCCUCUUAACUGUACAGAGGAGACAUAUAACGCGGAACUCACCUGUUUCUGCAAGAUUUCGAUACAAAAUGAUGCAGUCGCCAAACAUGGGAGACUUUUUGAAUCUCGACUAUAAGGACGAUAGCGACACCCGUCGUGACAAUUUCGGUAUCUCAAGCGACGGGCUUCCUACACCCGACGCACUGCAAGACUCGUCCGUCAACCCGUUCGCACCCGGAUAUGACGGCUGGGUUGCGGAGGAGGUCCAGCCCUUCUGUAACCUUGAACCCACUUCUCCUCCGUCGUCCGAUACUCCUAACGGGCAUCAACUCACGGAGUCUCUCGAAACUUUAGCUCGCCGUUUCUCCGCGAUCGAAGAAACGGCGCAGAGCAUGUUGCGAAGGUGUGCUUCCCAUGGCUCCGCGCCGGCCUUGGCCUCCGGACGAAAGGUUUCGAUCGGCAAAGGAAGAAAUGGGACCGCUCAGGGUGAAUCCCACCGAAGAUCCUCAUCGCUUGCCCAUAUGCCCAACAGUGCCUUCCUCACCUCCAUAAACGAGGCUCUGGCGGUAGAUGGGACACCGCCAUACAGCCAGAACCCGCAUUUCAGUGUAGAUUUCCCGCACAACCAAUAUACAAAUCCGAGGUCUUCAAUGAGCUCAGUCGAGUCAACGGAUGAGACGAUUGGCUUUGCGAUGGAGGAUUGGAAUCAGCUGCUCAGCAACAAACGGUUUUCCCUUCCCGAACAGCAUCAACUUUAUACGCCGAGCUACAGAGGCUAUGGCUCGACGGCUAGCGUAAUUUCUGAUGAUGGAGCUUCGUCCUUGGCGAGUGGCUCCUAUCGAGCAAGCGCUAUGUUUUACCCUCAUGGGAUGCGAUCCGAGCUUGAACAUGUUGUGCAGAAUGGGCCUCCCCUUGGCAUGUUCCUAACUACGCCUGACAACGCGUCACUCUCCCCGACGGACGAAGACAUUCAGUCCCAUGCGAGCUUGUCAGGUUCAUAUUUUCCCGCACAGUUCCACGAACAUAGACCUAUCCUCAGUCCGUACGGAUUGCAUUCGAAUGGGGAGAUGCGAUUUGCUGAUUUCGCCGCUAGAUCAGAUACGUGGGGAGAGACUCCAGAUGGGAACGCUCUCAUUGAUCCGAAUCAGAUACAUGGCCGAGGUAUACAACGCGACGACAUGCACCCGGCAUACCAUCAUGCGCCAUAUUUGAAUGGAGGAAUGUUGGGGAAUGAUCGGGGAAUUUCUGCCUCAGGGACCAUGUCAGAGCACGAAUUGGGCAUGCUUGGCCACGAGCAGGAUGCUGGGCAUCCGAGCAUGUCCGAGUUUCCUGAAAUGUCGCAGCAUCCGGAUCCGAUUUUCUACCACGGCGGUUUGGAGGACAGACAUCCUACCGCCGAGGCUUACCCGAAAGCGACCAGUAGCUCACACAUCAUUGCCCCAACGCCAGUCUACGCGGGUCAAAGUGUUAUGGAUGCGACGGGCUUCCUGCUUUCGCAUCCUAUGCCGAUGGACUCGCCUCACGGUGGAGACUUUGCUCAUACUGCAUACGGAUACGGUCCUGAUUCUAGCAGUAUCCCGCGUAGCGCUUCGGUCUUCACCCCAACUCCUCAGCAGCCACGAACCAUAGUCCCAUUCUCGCAAGGGCAAUGUCAUGCGACGUUCCUUCCACAACUAUCCAUCGAACCUCCCUCGUCAUUAAAGAUGCCUGGGGGUAUGCUCUCAGCUCCAGCGCAUUUUUUACGCCAUCGGCACUCUUCGCCUUACCCCGGUGUCUCGGCACCGUACCCGGUCAUGAGCGGAACUCCGCCCGCAUCAUCCUCGAAUCGCGCAACUCCGUAUCCCCGCAGCAAACCUCUUUCACGAGGUCGAACGAGGUCGGUUCCUGCCCUUCACACGCAAGAUGUGGGCACGCCGCCACUAUCCCAUGUGCAUCCACAAAGUCAACAGCAGCUUCAUCGAAGUAGGAAGAACACGCUUCGCGGACGAUCUACCGGCACACUUGCACAAACCGACCCUGACGCGGGUAUGGAACCAUUUUCUCUUGCAGAAACCGACAUGGGGGACUUCAAAGCAGAUGGCGAUCAAGAAAAUCACAUGCAACCACUGUCUGAGCGGAGUGACGACCCUUCAGGGCCUACCGAAAUAGGAGUACAUCCUCAUGGCCGACGGAAGAAUACCAGGCAUUUGCAUUCCGCCCUAGCAAGGCCGGCCAGCAGCAACGCAAAAAUCGGAGAAAACUAUGCUACGGGCAGCAUGCAUCCCGCGCGAGGGUCCAUACCUCGAUCUGUACGUCGCAGCAACACCCCACUUUCAUCCGCGUCUUUCGCGCAGUAUGAUGGCGCCAACGUCGAGCGAACCGGCACCGUUAAGAUGCAUGAUUUGAUCCGCGAGCACCAGGUGAUGAUGGCGGAGGUAGCGAAGGCGCAAGCGACGCGGCAAAAGGAAGACGCGGAGGCGGGGCAGAUGAUGGAAACGCUGAAUCGUCUCAUGGGGAUUCAACAGAUAUGA